GUCGCUCAUGCUCGUACCCUUAUUGCUGAAAAGUUAUUCCCGGCUUCAUCCGAGCUUUUGGUCGGGCAAGGAUUCGAUAGACUUUUGGAGAAAUCAAAUUUGGGAGAAAAAAAUAUUACGGAUAUGUUGGUUCUCUUACGGUUCCUCUAUGCACUCGAAAGUGUUGUUUGGACAAUAAUCGAGAAGGUGCUUUUACCAAAAUAUUCAUAUUCCAUUUCAAUAUAUCUUCUUCACCGACAUGAUGUAUAUGAUUGUUCUAAUGCGUUCUUCUAUAAACGAGUCAAGACGGUCUCAAGGGAGCAAGUCCAAGCAUUAAGGGAUGUUGUUCAUGAUACCAUUUUAUUGGCUCCAAAGAUGAAUAGAAAUGCCCUAAAGGUGGUAGUGAAGGCCGAUAAGGAAAACGGGGAGUAUUUGAUCGAAUGGUUGACAGGAAAGAAGAACCAUGAGUGGGAGGAUGGAGAUUUUGAUGAAGAAAGAAGUAACAAGUCAAGAUGGCCACUGGAUGCUGGAGGGAUGGAAGAGACGGAUUGUCAAUGCAUCCUCCGCCUCUACACCCUACUCGUCCGUGAAGCUUUUGUGUAG